GCCCCGCGGGAGCAGGGCCGGGGGCACCAGGGAACUGGGUCGGGAGCCCAGCCGCCGGGAGAGGAGCCGGGACCGGGUCCCGCAGUGCGCAGGCCGCCGCCCCCGGGGCCGCGCAGCUGGAGGAUGCGGCCGGCAGCCGGGAGCGUGCGCGCCCACGUGACGGCCGCUAUAAGAGUGCUCGGGGCGGACGCUCGGCUCCCGCCGCGCCUCCUCGCUGGCCGCGCUCCCUCCCGGCGCCGGCUGCUCCGACCCCGACCUGCGGCUGCCGCGGCUGCAGCCCGGACUGCACCAUGACAGAUCAGGCCUUUGUGACACUUACCACAAAUGAUGCCUAUGCCAAAGGUGCCCUGGUCCUGGGCUCAUCUCUGAAACAGCACAGGACCACCAGGAGGCUGGUUGUGCUUGCCACUCCACAGGUCUCAGACCCCAUGAGAAGAGCUUUAGAGACAAUCUUUGACGAAGUCAUCAUGGUGGAUGUCUUGGACAGCGGCGACUCUGCUCAUCUGACCUUAAUGAGGAGACCCGAGUUGGGUGUCACGCUGACGAAGCUUCACUGCUGGUCACUGACACAGUACUCAAAAUGCGUGUUUAUGGACGCAGAUACUCUGGUCCUAACAAAUAUCGAUGACCUUUUUGAGAGGGAAGAAUUAUCCGCAGCCCCAGAUCCCGGAUGGCCUGACUGUUUCAACUCCGGAGUCUUUGUCUACCAGCCCUCCAUGGAGACGUAUAACCAGCUGUUGCACCUUGCUUCUGAGCAGGGUAGUUUCGAUGGCGGGGACCAGGGCUUACUGAACACGUUUUUUAGCAGCUGGGCAACAACAGAUAUCAGAAAACAUCUGCCAUUUAUUUAUAACUUAAGUAGCACCUCUAUAUACUCCUACCUCCCGGCAUUUAAAGCGUUUGGUGCAGGUGCCAAGGUUGUGCAUUUCCUGGGACGAGUCAAGCCGUGGAAUUACACUUACGACGCCCAAACAAAAAGUGUUAAAAGUGAGUCCCACGAUCCCACCGUAACUCACCCAGAGUUUCUCCACCUCUGGUGGGACAUCUUUACCACCAGCGUCUUACCUCUGCUUCAGCACUUCGGCCUUGUCAAAGACACCAGCUCCUACGUACAUGUGGAACAUGUCUCUGCAGCCAUAUCACACAUGUCCCUCGGAGAGAGCCCAGCUGCACCUCAGCCCUUCGUAUCCUCCGAGGAGCGGAAGGAGCGGUGGGAACAGGGCCAGGCCGAUUACCUGGGAGCAGAUUCCUUUGACAACAUCAAGAGGAAGCUGGACACUUACCUCCAGUAGCCGCGCUGCCAUCCCCCCAUGGACACAGCCACUUCACAGACACCUGUUUCUGGCACUUAGCAUCUAGCGUGGGCUGAGAAGCCUGUUGCAGUUCUUAAGGCUUUCACUAAAACCCAGCAGACCAGAGCUGCUUGCAGGACAACAGGUGAGAACUAGGCAAAAGCCGUGCAGUUGUCAUUCUGUUACGGACAGUGUUCUGCUUUUUAACCCUAGACCGGCUUAGCUAACGUUUCAGAAAUUCGCCGUUGUGGCCACUGCCAACGUAUGUGGCAGGGGAGACCCAGUAUUAAUAUCAUGAUGGCUGUACCACCUCUGAAAGUGCAGAACCAGACUCCACGUCCCUCUCCCCCCAGGAUGGGACGUGCAUGUCCCCCGCUUGCUUGUUACGCCCUUCACUGGACGCGCAUUGCGCGAUUGUUCAGAGCCUGCCAGAGUGAUGACAAUCCUGCUUUCAGGUAAAGGCAGCCGCUAACACUGCCCUGUGACUCGUAACCAUAUUGACAGAUGGCACUGACCCAUCUCGUAUCCUAGUCCUAGUGUCUCAUUCACCAGUGCUCCAUGCACCGUGACGGCAGCAUGCUCGGUUCUGUAUAUUUGAAAACAGCCGUGUGUUCUCUGAUGGUAACCUGCAGUAGCAUCCUGUAUGAAAAUAAAGACUUCCUGCCACCU